AGCAGUCGCUCACGUGACCACCACAGCUCUCAGUUCCGCUCCCUGUCCCAGACCUCUGGGUGGGCACUUCCAGGGACUCCUUCUGUUGGGGGGGCACCAGAGCAGUGACCAGCUGUGCAAGACCAGCCCUAGGAGUCUGUGGUGCUUCCUGCCCGCUGCUCACCCAUCCGCUCCUGCCAUGGGGCACCUUGGGGCCCUCCUCUUCCUCCUUGGGGGCCUGGGGGCUCUCGCUGAUAUAUGCGAAAUACCAGAGGUGGAUAGCAAGCUGGUGGAGAGGCUCGGCCAGCGCCUCUUGCCCUGGAUGGACUGGCUCUCCGUGGAGUACCUGAACCCCAGUAUCUACGUGGGCCUACGCCUCUCCAGCCUGCAGGCCGGGGCCAGGGAGGCCUUCUAUCUGCACAUCCUCAAGCUCAACUACCAGCAGAGCGUCCUGGGGCUUGCCAUCAAUGAUGACAACAGUAACAACCAGGCCAAGCCCUCCAUGGGUCAGGUGGCCCUCUACCUGCUGGCUCUCAGGGGUAACUGUGAGUUUGUUGGAGGCCACAAGGGGGACAGGCUGGUCUCACAGCUGAAGCGGUUCCUGGAGGACGAGAAGAGGGCCAUUGGGUCCAGUCACAAGGGCCAGCCCCUCACCAGCUACUACCAGUAUGGCCUGGGCAUCCUGGCCCUGUGUGUCCACCAGAAGCGGCUCCAUGACAGCGUGGUGGGCAAGCUCCUGUACGCCGUGGAACACGACCAACAUCUGCCCCGGGGCCCCCUCUCUGUGGACACAGUGGCCAUGGCGGGCUUGGCCUUCACCUGUCUGGAGCGCUCCAACCUCAACCCCAAUCAGGGACACCGGAUCACCCUGGCCAUUAGGACAGUACAAGAGAAAAUCCUGAAGGCCCAGACCCCUGAAGGCCACUUUGGGAAUGUUUACAGCACACCUCUGGCGCUGCAGUUACUGAUGAACUCCUUCAUGCCUGAAAAGAAGCUGGGCACAGCAUGCCUCAAGGCAAGAGCUGCUCUGUUGGCCAGUAUGCAGGAUGGGGCCUUCAAGAAUGUUCUCAUCAUUUCCCAGCUGCUGCCUGUCCUGAACGGCAAGAGCUAUGUGGAUCUCAUCUCCCCAGACUGCGAGGCACCAAGAGUCCUGUUGCAACCAGCUGUGGAGACUCCUUCACAGACCCAAGCGCUCAUCAGUGUCAUGCUGAAGGUCCCCAGUGUCUUGCCACCAUACAGACAUGCCAUAUCUGUCCCUGCUGGGUCCUCCUUGGAAGAUGUCCUUAAGAAGGCCCAGGAGCUCACAAGAUUCACGUAUGGAACCCAGAACUCCUUGUCAGGACCCUACCUGACCUCCGUGAUGGGGAAAGAAGUUGGGGAACGUGAGUUCUGGCAGCUCCUCCAAGCCCCUGACACCCCACUGCUAGAAGGUAUUGCUGACUAUAUCCCCAAGGAUGGAGAAACCAUCGAGCUGAGGCUGGUUAGCUGGUAGCCCCUGGGCUCACCCACGCCAGCAGCCUGGCCCAUUGCUGGGCCUCCGCCUUCCCUCCAGACAUCGCUGUAACAGGCACAUACAUGCCCAAUCCUGCUGCUACCUCAUGUGUCCUUGGAGGAGUGUCCCCUGGAUUACCCAGCUACUACCCUUGCAAAGGUCCUCAGCCACCAUCCACCCUGGAUCAGGGAACCACGCAUCUUCCUGGGAGGGCUGUUGCUCGAGUCCGGCCCCGCCUGGCCACACAGGCAUCCCUUGAAGGCCACUCAUAGUCUGAAGGGUCUGAAGCAUCUCAGACUCCUCAACACAAGGAGAAGUCACGGCCAUUGGUGUUGUGAGUACUGCCCCCUCUGGGAUUGGGGUCCUGCAAGGAGACCUGUGUGGCCCAGGGGCUGCAGUCCCGACCCCAGCUCUCUACUCCGGCCUUCAGGGCGGUGGCCCCGGUGCUGGCCUUGGCAGAGUGGCUGGUGGGGGCUCUGCCGAGCUGCUCAAAGCCUGCCUCUGAAAUGAUUAAAGUGUUGAUUGUGCACCUGC